AUGAGCGCUGCAACGCGCAAGACGGCCGUGGCAGUAGCAGCAGCAUCAGCAGCAGAAGCAGAACCGACGACGGAGAAGGAACAAGAAGAUAAACAAGGAGAGCGGGCGGCGUACGAUGAGCUGCAGCGUCGUCUGGUGAGACUCUCCAAGUACAAACAGGCAGAGUACUACUGCGUCGAGGGCAUUGCCACGCUGCGGCAGUCUCUGCGUGAGGUGGUGCGGCUUGAGGGCGACGCCGGCAGUGACAACAGCAGCGCCCGCUCGGAGUUGGCAAGGGCUCGGCAGGAUGCUCGACGCGCGCAUCAGCAGCUGGACAGACUGACUAAAGAGGCACAGCGUGCAGCGCGACGUGGCGGCACCGCAGACGAGGCAGACCUGAAGGAGUUGCUUCACCACGUGGAGAGCGCUAGGCUGUGGUACCGCGAUUGCUUCCGAGUCGUGUUGUCACAUGAGCGGCAGCCGCAGCGGCACGAGGGUGCGGUGGUGGAGGGUUCUGCACAUCCGCCUGCGCGGCACUCGCCGGUGGAUCUCAGCACCCCGCUGCUCGCAGCGAACGGCGCCGCGCCGUCCAUCACCGUGUCGGACGAGGAGUUCCGGCUCUUCGCCGAUCAGGUGCGGCGGAACGACGACCUCGCUGACGCCACGCUGGACCGCAUUGCGCUGGGCCUCUCGCGGCUGCACGAGAACGCGGUGCACAUGACGGCAGAGCUGAGCGCGCAGGAGCAGAUCCUGCACGAGGUGGGGGGGAAGGUGGGGACAACCCACACGAAGUUGGGCGCGAUGAAUACGAGGCUGCGAAAGGUUCUGGCGAAGAACAACAAGUGCGACUUCUGCAUGUACGCCUUCUGUUGCGUAUUGCUGGUUGGUGUCGUUGUUGCUAUUGCCAUCCUCCUCAAAUCCUGA